AUGAAAACUUCAGUUCCGAGCCUACAACAGCAAAAGGUGCCCAGUCUCGUCUUUGGAGCCCACUCGUCUUCCAACAGUCUCGUAUCAAUCCUGUCGUUUGAAUCGCGAAAGGAUGUCGCUCCACGGGUUCCCAAGCGCAAGUCAUCCAGUGACUUGUUCGUUGGAUACAGGAGCACCAGUGACCAACAGUGUGAGAAUUCUUCUUCCAAUGCCAGAUUCGAAGAUGGCUGCAACAGCGAGAGCCUUGUUGGAUCUACUACAACGAUGGCAUCGCUGAUCGAUGGAUUGGGUUGCCUUUCUCCUGUUGCCAAAAAGAAGAGCUCGAUGAAAUCAAUUACAUCCUAUCGCCUAAUGGAUGACCUAACCACAAAAUCGGAUACACCGCCAGCUAUCCCACAACGAGAGCUCUCUACCGAAAACAGAUGGGCCAUUCGGGAGUUCUAUUUCGAAUGCGCAACAGAGUGA